CUUUUUUUCUGCUUCUCUUUCCGUUACUUAUCAUAUCCAAAAAAAAAAAUCAUCCCCUGUUCUUUUUUUUUUGAUUAGUUUAUCUUUUUGAUAGGAUAAGAUGAAUACUACUGAUACAACCAUGUCUUGGAUGGAAACCAAGUGGGAACAAAUGUAUGAAGGUCAAAACCCUUUAUUGGUGACAGGUCUCUUUGCUUUUACUAUGCAUGAACUGGUUUAUUUUGGUCGAUUCUUACCCUUUUUAUUAUGUGAUUUUAUUCCUUACUUUCAACAAUACAAAUUACAACCUAAACAUGUCAAUACUGGUGAUGAUUAUUGGAAAUGUACCAAACAUGUACUCUAUCAACACUUUUUAUAUGAAGGUCCUUUAAUUUUCCUUUUCCAUCCCAUGGCAUCCAUUUUGGGUAUGAACGUGGCAGCACCCUUUCCUGAAUGGAAAUACAUUCUUCCUCAAUUGGCUAUCUUUUUUGUGAUUGAAGAUGCAUAUCAUUAUUGGGUUCAUCGCCUGAUGCAUUGGCCACCACUUUAUAAGAAGAUUCACAAAGUUCAUCAUGAAUAUGCAGCACCGAUUGGCAUUGCAGCCGAAUAUGCUCAUCCUUUGGAAACAUCGCUUCUUGGUCUUGGCACCAUUGGUGGUCCCUUGUUUUAUCAUGCGAUCACUUACUAUUACUUGCAAACUUCCAAGGAUUGGCAUCUUCAUCUGUUUACUAUGUUAGUCUGGAUUGUUGUUCGUCUUGUUCAAGCAGUGGAUGCUCAUUCUGGUUAUGAUUUCCCUUGGUCACUCUGUCACUUUAUUCCUUUCUGGGCUGGCGCUGAUCAUCAUGAUUAUCAUCAUCAAGCUUUUGUUGGUAACUAUGCCUCCUCUUUCCGUUGGUGGGAUUAUAUUUUUGGAACUGACAAGAAGUACAGAGCCUAUCGUCAACGUCAAGCUAUAGAAAAGAAAAUGAAAAAGGUACAAUAAUAGAUUUGGGUAUAUAUUGACAUAUAGUUUUUCACCCCUCCUCCUCUUUUUUUUUUUUUAUACGCAUAUAUCAUUGUUAUUAUUGUUCUCUAUUUAUACACAUACACAUACAUAUAUAUUUAUAGUUACAUUAAUGCUACUUCUUUUUUUCUAUUUACAAUUUACUUUUUAUCCUGCAAUACUCGAUCUAAUCAACCUAAUAAACGUACCAAUAUUUUUAUAAACAA